AUCUAUACUGUCUAUAUGUAUGUAUAAAAAGACAACAACAACAACAACAAUAUGAAGGAAACGACAUCGACAUCAACGUCAACCUCGACAUCGACAACAACAACCUCUUCAUCGACAUUGAAAUCAAUGGAGGAAAAGGAGUUUAAUUGUAUUAAGAUUGUAGUCGUGGGUGAUAUGAGGUCAGGGAAGACAUCGCUUAUACACCGAUUUAUUAAUGAUAAAUAUCCGGAGAUGUAUAUACCGACUGGCUUUGAGAAAUAUACGGUUGGCUUUGAGGUCGGAGGUCAUCAUUUUAGUUCAACAAUUUGGGACACAUCGGGAGCACUGGCCUACGAUACAGUCAGACCCCUGUCCUAUCAAAAUGCCGACGUUUUCCUAAUUUGUUUUCAUUUGGGUGAUUGGCAUUCACUGCAAAAUGUUAUUAAUAAGUGGUGGCCAGAAAUACAACAACACUGUCCAUCGGUGCCGAUCAUACUGUGCGGCUGUCAAAGUGAUCAACGAUUUACGGAAUCGCUAAACAAUUAUUCUGUCUAUUCAUUAGCACAGGACUACAAACGAAAGCCUGUCUUCUCAGAGGAGGCACUGGCCAUUAGCCGACAGAUCGGUGCCAUUACUUAUGUGGAGACGACAUCACUGGCCAACAAUCGGACGGCUCAGGAGGCGUUUGAAGUGUCAGCACUGGCAGCCAAAGGCAAACUCAACAAUAAUGAUACAAAUAAUACUAAUAAUAAAAUUAGUAAAAAACAACAACAAAAACAACAACAGAUUAAGACAUCCGCCUCAUCCCAGACACUGACUAAACAUAAAUCAAUGUUUAAACUAAGAAAAUGCAAAUCAAAGGCAGAGUUUAAUAAAUCUGAACAUAAAAAGUGUAUUAUUAUGUAAAUUAUUGUUAUAAUUAUAAU